CAGUCUACUACGUAGUAGGCUGUUAUCAUGCCCAAUGACGGCGGCCCUGCUCAACUUAUACUAUUUCCAACAGUUAAACGCGCUAUUGGCGUCGUUACCCGGGUGGCGCCGAGGCCUUGCCUAAAACAAUCCGAGACUUAUAAACAUGGGCAUUAUCUUCGAUAGACUAAGGCCCAAUAGCUAGCUACCUAGGUAGCCAGAUCGAUUCUCAUAGGCCUUUGAAAACCCCGUGUCGAGUAGCAGGGGUUAGGUUGUCAACCCAUGCCAUGCGACUCCGUGUGAUAGUCUGAUAGGAAUCGGCGGAUGUUGCCACUGCAUGAAGUGCUGCUGCAGCAGCUUUUGCCAAGAUUACCCGCGCUGAGAAGCAAUGUAUCUAAAACGAGCUCACUAGUCUCCGGACUCUCUCUACGGACACCCCCGGAGGGGGAACCGGGACGGUAGGGUCUCAGUUCCAAACAGAGAUAUCAAGUAACUUAUACGUAAACUAACACGUAAGCCUUCUUCCGCGUUUUCCCAUUCUUCAAUAACGCGCAAUCACUCAUUUUAUUGCAUUCCUUGCUUCUCGUGAUUGUCUCUUAUGGCAGUGCAUCAUCAUCCCCUCUAUUCUCGUCCAGUUCGGUGUAAUUAUCGUGUGCGGUUUUUUCGAAACUACCUACCUCACAAUCUUGCAACAUGAAGUUUCUAUGUUUGCCAGGCGCAUAUGGAAGCGCUGAUAAAUUCCAAGUUCAGCUAGCACCUCUUAUCAACGAAUUGCUGUCUGAUGACACCGCCCAGUUUCGGUUUGUCGAUGCGCCAUGUGAGGCAGUACCUCCAGAAGGGUUCGAAGAUUUCUUCGGAAAGCCCCCUUACUAUCGCUUCAUCGAGCCAGACGAGAAGGGGACAGAUGACACUGAUGUCUUGUCUCGAAUUCGAGAUUUCCCUGAGUGCGAUACGGCUGAAGACACCAUGCGAGAACUCAUGAAAGAAGGUGUCGCAAGCAGUGUUAAAAGUACGAAUAGAGCAAUCGAGUACCUGUUUGAGAUCAUGGAAAAGGAAGGCCCCUUUGAAGGGAUUUUAGGAUACUCAGAGGGAGCUACCGUCGCUUCAACUUUUCUACUCGCCGAACAGAGGCGGUUUGAGCAAACUGGAAGGAAACCGCAGAUCAAAUGCGGCAUCUUCUUCGCCGGUUGGCCGCCUUUGGACCCUGCUACUUACGCGAUGGUUCUCGCCGAUGAAUCUGAUCUGAUGAUUAACAUUCAUACUUGCCAUAUCAUCGGGUCCCUUGAUCCUUACGUUGCGGGUUCAAUGGCCCUGUAUAACACAUGCGAACCCGACACUGCUUACAUCUUCGACCACGGCAAAGGUCAUACCCUUCCAAGAGAAAAAGGUGUCGUCAAGGAGCUUGGAGAUGUCAUUCGGAACAUGAUUGCAGAUGCGACAGCAUAGAAUUACAAGAUAGAACCCAUUUUAGAUUACCGCAGUUGUUUAGGUACUUUUCUUUUUUUUCCUUUCCCGAUGUAGGUAUAGAGAUUUCACAUGCAGUAAUAGUUGUAGAAGCAAUAUAAUUACCCCGAACAAAUAUGUUACCUUGUAGGAAAA